UCAGUGGCCGCAGCUGACAGACCCGGGUGAAUGUGGAAAUGGCAGCGGGCGGAUCGUACAGUAUAGUGGAGUAUUUCGGGGGAGAUGAUGGCUAUCGCUGUGGUUACUGUAAAAACGAAAAGGGUAAUUUCUCGCACGGCAUGUGGUCCCACACAAUGACGGUUCAGGACUAUCAGGAUCUCAUUGACAGAGGAUGGAGAAGAAGUGGAAAAUAUGUUUACAAGCCGAUCAUGAAUAAAACCUGCUGCCCUCAGUACACCAUCAGGUGUCAUGCCUCAAACUUCCAUCCUACAAAAACUCAUAAAAAGACCUUGAAGAGAAUGAACAAGUUCCUCUCCAAUGGAGAGAUGCCCGUAGAACAAAAUGAUGGGAAAAAUGAAGGUGUUUUAGAAGAACUCAAAUGCCGUCUAAAGCCCCUCUCUUCUAUGCUUCAGAGGACAGUGGCUAUAGCUGCAGGAAAAACCCAGUCGUUUUUGGCAGGGGAGCCCAUGGACUCUGUGCAUGAAGAAGGGGUAAGACCACCUCCUCAAGACCUUCUGAAAAUAGACCAUACUGAUGUAGAGGAGAUCACCACCAGUGCUGACACAGACAGCAAAUCAACUGCUCCUUCAACACCCAGAGAAGAUGCAGCGGCCACCCCACAAGAGAAACCCUCGCAUGUCACACCCAAACCAGGUAAAGGAGCCGAUCCCACCAGACCAAUGUGUAGAAAAGCCAAGGACAUCAGAAAAGAGCGUCGACUUCAGAAAGAUCAGCAGAAGCAGCAAGAAGGAGCGUCUACCUCAGUGCCUCCUGUGCCGCUGAAGUCCACAUCUAACCAGCCCAAAUUACUAGAGGACUUUAUUUCUGAGUCGUUACCCACUGACCCUCUCCACCGGCUCGAGGUGAAGUUAGUGCCGGUCAGCUUCGAGGACCCGGACUUCCUGGCGUCCUUCGAGCAGUCUGCGGCGCUGUACGCUCGCUACCAGACGACUGUUCACGGCGACUCUCCGUACGAGUGCGGGGAAAGUGAGUUUAAGAGGUUCCUGUGUGACUCGCCAUUAGAGGACUAGGCACCUGCACACAGUGCCAAAGCUACCAGUACCUGGUUUAAGGACCAUGGUAUCCCUGCUCUUAAUUGGACAGCAAACUCGCCUGACCAUAGAUAGAAACUCUAUGGGGUAUUGUGAAGAGGAAGAUGUGAUAUGCCAGACCCAACAAUGCAGAAGAGCUGAAGGCCACUAUCAGAGCAACCUGGGCUCUCAUAA